AUCAAGGCAGGGAGUGGGAGGGAGGAGGGAGGACUUGGGAAGCAAAACAUGGCGAUAUAACAAGUUUGGCUGUUAGCCUCAGUUUUAAACAGCACCGUAUCUUUCAGUGUUGGACUACAACUACAAGUUCAUAAAUUCUGGACGCUGGAGAACGAAAGCAACGCUUAACUUGAAAGAGUCGAGGGCCCCAGUUGACAAGUAUUACGGUGGCUGGCGAGAACAUAGUGCCUGCCUGUCUGCCUGUGUUUUCCCCGGAAGGUUGGCAGUGCUAGGCGCGACUGUCAACACAGAAAAUGGAUGAAGAAGGAAAGUUUAUUCUGGAAAAGACUGUUUAGUGUGCUAGCUUAGCUACGUUAGCCACCCAGUUAACAUUCGAUUGAUCGCGCGCACCUGACUCGGCAUUCGGAUUACCGUGCGCUCCGGCUGAAAAUAAGGAAUAUUUAAGUCGUGUUAACAAGUUUGACAACUGCUGCCGCAAAGAAUCGUAUUUCAGACGAGGCCAUUAUUCUUUAUUUUCUGCACUUAUUCCAUAGUAAUAUUCCGGGAGGACAUAUUUUUAAGGCUAAUAAUGUCAGCCUGACAGUCGGUUCUGGUACGGUGCGGACGGACCCGGACGCCAUCACAUCAGACGUUGCGUUCUCCUUAAAAACAACCAUUGCGUUGCUGAGCCGUAAAUGUUAUUUUAUACUCUAUCAGCAUAACAAGGAAUGCUCCAGUGGCACACCAGACCUAUCUGGUAGUUUUUCCCCUUGAGACGCGUCAUUUGAUCAAAUACAACAUUAGCUGGAAUGUUGUACAGUAGCAAAGACGCGGCGUCUCGUCAAAAUGAACGCAGCAAGGUGUUCAACAACAGUGGAGGUGCACUGCAUUGAAAACCUGCCAGUAGUUGGAACGGUACCGAUGACCGGCUAACGGCGUCGUGAACAGUUUGUUGAAAUCUCUUAUUUAACUUGAAUGUGCUUUGAUCAGAUAGUGUUACCGGCAUCUCUGUAAAACAACUGCGGAUAACAUUGUAGCUCUCGGCUAGAGUUGACGUGAGCUAGCCAGCUGGGUGCGCCUGUGGCAGCUCUAUCUGCGAUGUGUUUGCUAAUCUAAAAGCCACCGUGUUGUUCCGCAACUGUUUCGGCAUAUUUGGUAGCCCGUUUGCAAUAUUUUAUCUUGAAAGACAACCCCUUUCAAGCUUGUCUAAGCAGCCAGCGAAUUUUUUCCCAAAUACUUCUUGUCAAAUAACUGGCUAACUUGUUAGCUAACGUUAUAAGUUUCGCCAGCUAUGUCUGAAAACGCCCCCACACGAAGCCUGGAUGACAUAGACCUCGCAGCCCUGAGGGAUCCAGCUGGAAUCUUUGAGCUGGUUGAGGUUGUCGGCAAUGGGACAUAUGGGCAGGUGUACAAGGGCCGUCACGUGAAGACGGGCCAGCUGGCUGCCAUCAAGGUGAUGGAUGUUACGGAGGAGGAGGAAGAGGAGAUCAAAGCAGAAAUCAACAUGCUGAAAAAAUACAGCCACCACCGCAACAUAGCCACGUACUACGGUGCCUUUGUUAAGAAGAGUCCACCAGGGCACGAUGACCAACUCUGGCUGGUGAUGGAGUUUUGUGGGGCAGGAUCAGUGACCGACCUGGUUAAAAACACUAAGGGCAGCUCUCUAAAGGAGGACUGGAUUGCUUACAUCUGCAGAGAGAUCCUAAGGGGCCUUUCUCACCUCCACGCCCAUAAAGUCAUCCACAGAGACAUCAAGGGCCAGAAUGUGCUGCUAACAGAGAAUGCAGAGGUCAAACUUGUUGAUUUUGGGGUCAGUGCUCAGUUGGACAGGACCGUUGGCCGUAGGAACACCUUCAUUGGCACACCAUACUGGAUGGCACCUGAGGUCAUUGCCUGUGAUGAGAACCCUGACUCCACCUAUGACUACAGGAGUGAUAUCUGGUCCUUGGGGAUCACAGCUAUUGAGAUGGCAGAGGGUGCACCUCCCUUGUGUGACAUGCACCCGAUGAGAGCCCUCUUCCUGAUUCCGAGGAAUCCCCCUCCGAAACUUAAAUCCAAAAAGUGGUCCAAGAAAUUCAUUGACUUUAUAGAGGGCUGUCUCGUGAAGACCUAUCCCAGCCGACCGUCCACAGAACAGCUGCUGAAGCACUCCUUCAUCAGGGACCAGCCCACUGAGCGCCAGGUCCGAAUUCAGCUGAAAGACCACAUUGACCGUACACGCAAGAAAAGGGGAGAAAAAGAAGAGACAGAGUAUGAGUAUAGUGGUAGUGAUGAAGAGGAUGAAAAUCGUGGAGAUGACCGAGAGUCAAGUUCAAUCCUCAAUGUGCCCGGUGAGUCCACCCUUAGACGGGACUUCCAGCGUCUGCAGCAGGAGAACAAAGAGCGCUCGGAGGCUCAUAAGAGGCAGCAGGCCCAACUGGCUGCUCAGCGCCGAGACCCUGAGGAACACAAGAGGCAACUGUUGCAUGACCGACAGAAACGCAUUGAAGAGCAGAAGGAACAGCGACGCAGACUUGAAGAGCAACAGAGAAAAGAGCGAGAGAUGGUGAGGCAGCAAGAAAAAGGUCCCCACCGGAGACUUGACGAUAUGAGACGGGAGGAAGAUAGAAGGUUGGCUGAGAGGGAGCAGGAGUUUAUCAGACAUAAAUUAGAAGAAGAACAGCGGCAGUUAGAAAUCCUUCAGCAGCAGUUGCUUCAGGAGCAGGCAUUGCUGAUGGAGUAUAAGCGCAAGCAGCUGGAGGAACAGCGUCAGUCAGAGAGGCUACAGAGGCAGCUGCAGCAGGAGCAUGCCUACCUGGUGUCUCUGCAACAACAGCAGCAAGAGAAGAAGCCCCAGCUCUACCACUAUAACAAAAACCUGGAGCCCAACAACAAACCUACUUGGGCUCGUGAGGUGGAGGAGAGGAGUAAACUCAACAGACAGGGCUCACCCAAAAUCUGCACCACUGUCUCUGACACUGCUAUCCAGUCACGCUCUGACUCAAUCAGCCAGUCAGGAGUGGUCCAGUCUGCUCAGACCCCACCAAUGCAGAGGCCUGUAGAACCCCAAGGAGGACAGGGCAAGUUCCAGAUGGCUCACUUGGUUCCUCUGAAGCCUUAUGCUGCCCCUGUCCCUCGCUCCCAGUCCCUCUGUGACCAGCCCACUAAGACCAUGUCCGCCUUCCCCACCCAGGAUCCCUCCCUCACCCCCGCCCCCCGCCCCAUCCACUCUAGAGAGCUGGUGCGUCAAAACUCAGACCCCACCUCUGAAACCCCCGCACCACAGGCACACCAAAUCAGAGAAGAUCGCGGCCCCUGGAUCCGCCUGCCAGAUGUGGAACUCCCACCCAAAAUUCCACAGAGGACAGCAUCAAUUGCCACAGCUCUCAACACUAACCUGACAUCUGGCAUAAGGCAUCCAGUAAGAGCCAGCAAUCCAGAUCUCAGCCGCAAUGAUCGCUGGGAGAGAGGAGACAGUAUGAGCAUCAUAUCCAAUCUGCCCCAGACUGGCUCUCUAGAGAGGCAUCGCAUCCUCAGUUCCUCCAAAAUGGAUUCACCCAUUCUCUCCCACGAAAGUCGCCAUAAGCCAGGGGAGUCUCGCACCUCCUCCCGCCCUGGGCGCCCUGCUAGUUACAAGAGAGCUAUAGGGGAGGACCAUGGUCUCUUUGCCAAGGAGCGUGCUGAGGAACAGCCAAGGCCACCAGUCAAGGCCAAUGAUUAUUCCUCGUCCUCUGAGAGCAGUGAGAGUAGUGAGGAGAGUGAGAGUGGCGAGGGAGCAGAGGAGGAAGAAAGCCCCACAGAUCGUCACAGGGACGCAGACACUGAUUCAGUCAACACCAUGGUGGUUCAUGAAGACGAAGGCGAGGGGGGAGAUGGAGAGCAAGCUGGAGGGUAUGGGGAUCAGACAAUGCUGGUGCAGAGGACCCCAGAGAAGCGGAGCCAUAAUGGAUACACUAACUUGCCAGAUGUGGUGCAGCCCUCCCACUCCCCCACUGAUUCAGCCACUCACUCUUCCCCUGGGAAGGACUCUGUUUAUGACUAUCAGUCAAGAGGUUUGGUUAAAGCAUCUGGCAAGUCCUCCUUCACCACCUUCGUGGAUCUUGGCAUGUACCAGUCACCUGGAGGUACAGGGGAUAACAUCUCUGUCACUAGCUCCAGGUUUGAGCAGCUGAAGAUGGAGGUGAGAAAAGGAUCCAUGGUGAAUGUCAAUCCCACCAACACACGCCCCCCCAAUGACACACCUGAGAUCCGCAAGUACAAGAAGAGAUUUAACUCUGAGAUCCUGUGUGCUGCACUUUGGGGUGUGAACCUGUUGGUGGGCACAGAGAACGGUUUGAAGCUGCUGGACCGUAGUGGUCAGGGCAAGGUUUACCCCCUCAUCAACUCCCGCAGAUUCCAACAGAUGGACGUCCUGGAGGGCCUCAACCUGCUCAUCACCAUAUCAGGCAAGAAAAACAAGGUGCGUGUGUACUACCUGGCCUGGCUGAGGAAUAAGAUCCUCCACAAUGACCCUGAGGUGGAGAAAAAGCAAGGCUGGACCACUGUGGGGGAAAUGGAGGGCUGCGUGCACUACAAAGUGGUGAAAUAUGAGAGGAUAAAGUUCCUGGUGAUCGCUUUGAAGAAUGCAGUGGAAGUGUAUGCUUGGGCACCCAAACCUUAUCACAAAUUCAUGGCCUUCAAGUCUUUUGCAGACCUGCCACACAGGCCUGUCCUCGUUGACCUAACAGUGGAGGAGGGUCAGAGGUUGAAAGUCAUCUAUGGCUCUUGCGCUGGUUUCCAUGCCAUUGACGUGGACUCUGGAAACAACUACGACAUUUAUAUCCCUGUACAUAUCCAGAGCCAUGUGACGCCACACGCAAUUGUGUUCCUGCCCAGCUCAGAUGGCAUGGAGAUGCUGCUGUGCUACGAAGACGAGGGUGUCUAUGUCAACACCUACGGACGCAUCAUCAAGGACGUGGUCCUGCAGUGGGGAGAGAUGCCCACGUCUGUUGCUCAUAUCUGCUCGAAUCAGAUCAUGGGCUGGGGAGAAAAGGCCAUUGAGAUCCGCUCCGUGGAGACUGGACACCUGGAUGGUGUCUUCAUGCACAAAAGAGCUCAGAGGCUUAAGUUCCUUUGUGAGAGAAAUGACAAGGUGUUCUUUGCAUCAGUGCGGUCUGGCGGCAGCAGCCAGGUGUACUUCAUGACCUUGAACAGAAACUGCAUCAUGAACUGGUGAAGGACCAGCUGCUCUGGUCAGUGUGUGGAACCCAGCAGGGUUUGGAGAAGGAAGUGCAUCUGAAAAUUCUUGCAAACGCAUGCACACAAACGCGAACACUUCUCUCACUUUCUCUCCAGUUCACUCUCACACAUGCACUCUAACAGACAAACACACACACACGCACACGCACACACACACACACACACACACACACACACACAAACAAACACAAAGAAUAUCUAACUUCAUUCCAGCCUACACUCCUUAAGUCACACUUUCUACCGAGGCCCCCUGAUAACAUUCUCCCUGGAAUCAUCACGAAAAAACACUGAUGUGCUUCAAAUGUUAAUACCAUCUAUUAAUUUAUACUGUAUAUAUUCUUGUCUUGAUUUACUUUACUUGGUGGACCUGUGUUCAGUCGUAACUAUUUAGUUCCUAAUUGUGAAGUAUGUUAAAAACAUUCCUUGAUGGUUCUGCAGUACAUUUUGAGGAAGGCAUUAUUUACCAAUACUGUAUGUCAAAAUGAAGCUGUAAAUAGUUAGCACCUGACACACUUAGAUCUGAGUCAUUUGCAGGCCUCUCGUAUAGCCUCCAUUCAGUGUGUUGCCACUGGACACAUGGAUAAAUAAUAAAAUGCUGGAACACCCAUCUGCAGUGGCUGGUGGUUCCCCGUUGUUUUGGGGAUUUCACAAUUUCAGGAAGACUUAGAGGAAGGACUUAAUAUAAAAAAUAUUGUAAAGGGACAUUCAAGUCCAAAUAAAGUAGCUUGUGCUACAGUAGACAGUGACCUGAAGUCCUGCUCUCAAUAACUUUUUUUUUUGUUCUGGCCUGAAUGGCAAAUUAUGUUGCAACUCUUAAUCACAGCAAGUAAGCCUUGAAUGCUUCAAAAGCAAAAUAAAUUUCAGUUUAAAAACAAAUAGAUAAUAAUUAAAAAAACAAUCAAAAGUCUCAUAAAUGUGCAGUACUCAGAAUAAGUACUGUGAAAUCUCCUGCUUUGCCUUUUUUUUCUAUGGUUUACGUGAAACCAUUAAUUGACUCAUCAGGCUUGUAUCUAAAGUUUUUGUUUUCGUAGAUUUACAAAAUACAAAAAUUUGAUAUUUAUAUGUAGUGAUUCUGUAUUGGUAUUAGCCUACUGGUAUUCUUAAUUUUACUGUAAUUAUAUUGCCAUUAUAUUGCAAUAUAUUCUAUUCUUGUGGAGUCUUUGUUUGAAGAGGAGAGUUCAUGUAUUUAGCUAGUACUAGUUAGGGGAGUAUGGUGACAACUUUGGAGGACAGAGGGGUGGGACAUUUGUCAGUAAAGGAUGACAUUGGAGAAAUGCAGAAGGAGGGUCUCGCUGAGAUUAUAGUGAUGAAGGGAGAUCAUUUUCAGGGUUCUUUCACCCUCCAACCAUAGUGAUCUACUCUACUGUAUUAUAUUUCAGUUCUUGGGCUAUUUUUGUUAGUGUGGAUCUUUUUGUGAGAAGUGUUUGUCCUGGGGAUUGCAGUGGAAAAGCUCUUAGUGUGGUACAGUUCUUAUUUGUCUUGGGCCAGUGGAAAGAUUUAAUGUAGGGCGACUCUGCAAUACCACAGAGGACUCCAUCUCAUCAGGCACUUGAGAACACUUGAGACUCAAUAUAUUUCAUAUCUAUACAUUCUGCCAAAGUUCACAGCAUAUUCUGUUGUUGGGGUAUGAACCAAGGCCAAAGGCAAAAGAGUUUAUUUGGCGACUAUAGAGAUUUUAGAAGAAACUAUUCCUACUGAUCACUAACCAGUUUCCUUUGAGUGUAUAAAUCCAAAGAAUUAACUGGCUUUUCAGGAUGACUAUGGUAUUAUGCUUUAAUAGCUGCUUGGGAUUGCUUAGAUAGAUCUGGACUCUCUGUUUGUUAGUAGUGCACAUAUUCCCCCUCCCCUUUUCUUUAGAAGAAUCAAGUGUGUGUUUCCUUUCGGCAGCUGCAUAAGGGAGAUAUUGUGCUCUCAUACACCAGGCAGUACGGUAGAAGUAUUAGGCAGCAUUAUCAGGAAGUAGCCUGGUGGGUUUUUUUUUUUUGUCAGCAGUUGGUAGAUCAACACAUGAAUCAGGCUUUGUGUUCAGUGUUUGAUUACAGUGUGGUUACAACAACACUGUGCUGCCACACCAAGAUGGUUUUACUCACUCCUAUCAUGCAUCUAAUCAGCAUGGAGUUGUGGGGAAAGUUAGAUCUGCCUAUAAAUAAAUGCUGACAUGUUGAUGUUAAAAGAAUGCAACUGUAAAGUUUUUGUGAAACUGCCAUUAUGAAAAGCUUUUGGAUGUUAUAAAAGGAAUCUUGGCAAGUGAUCAGUGGGAUAGUCUGCUUAAAGUCACGCUUUAAGCUAAGGAGAUAUAUUUUAUGCAUUGAAAAAAGAAAGCUAUUAAGAAUGCAGUGAAAAGUCAGGGCAGAGAGCGUUUAAUCAAAGAUUAUAUAAAUAGAUGGUUAAUUUUACGGUAAGAUUAUAAAACAAACUGUAAAUGAGCAUGGAAAGCACUUUCACUUCAGUAAACACACAUUUACGAAUAUAUCUCGAGCAGAUACUUUGGUGUGCAUGUAAGCCAUUGAAAUAGAGUAUGUAUUACUGUAUCAAAGUUGUUUUCCCCUUUAGCGAAUGUGUUUUUAUUCCUACAUAUGUUGUGUGCCAUGACCUACAUUUCAGUUUUCUCAAUUACAAUACACCAGGUUGUUCCAUGAGUUCUGGCACUCAUUCUUUUUAUGGGCAAAUCAUUUUUUUAAUUUUUUUUUUCCAAUCUGCCAUGUUUACAGUUUAAGCAGUGCCUUGGAGUUGGGAAGGCGAGAAGUUUUAGGAUGGGUUGUGAGCCCCCCAGCCCCCUACCCCACUUGUCUCUUACUUGAAAUCAAAUGAAGAAGAGGCACAACUAUUUUUGCUCCCUCAUUAUGACUAAUGUUCUGUGCCAGUUAAGUGCACUUAAGUCAAAUCCAGAAGACCCCGUAGAGGGACUUGAAAUGCUUUUUUGGCACCUAAAACGAUCUGCAGAUGAUUAUCCAUUCAGAAAGUUGCAAUAACAAAUAAGUUAAUAAAUGUCCAAUUAAUCCAGUGUAACUAGUAGAGGAUCUUAUCACAGUGGGAGCCAGCAUAGAGAAAAGCCAUACGUAGGAAACAUGUUUGUAGAAGAAAACUUAGUACUUGUGCACAGAUCAAAUUAAACUGUGUUUGAUGUCUGCUCAGAAAAUGUAGGUUCUUGCAACAAAGUUGAGGUAAAUGCUUAUUCUUUAAUGAUGUUGAUUGUUUAAUCUUGUAGUGGGGAAAGUAGCUCGAUAUAUUCUAAGAAGCCUAUUUUAUAAAAUAUGUAAAUUAGCCUAUAUUGAGAAAUAAAAGUGAAUGUACAUCUAUAAGACAGAUUUGUAUUUAUAUAAAAAUGUGUACCACUCUAUUAAUCAAAGCACAAUGUAUUUAAGGCAGAGAGAUUGAAGCUGUAAUCGAGUAUAACAGAGAGAUGGAGUUUUAUUUUCCUCAUUCACUCAGCAGUCGUCGAACUUGUCAGUAUGUAACCAGUCUAACUAGUUGGUUAUAGUGAAGCGAGUAGUCCGCACAGACAGAUGUCUGUAUGUGGACAGUGUCAGUUACUACAGCAUUUCUGUUGGGUUAUCCAGACAGAAAAAUAAUGUCUGUCGUCUGGUAACCAGAAGAGCCAACUUUGGCUGUGAUUCAAACACGCGCGGUGACUCAUAGAUUGGUGUUGGACUCUCGACGUCUGGUGUAAAUUGCCUAUGUGGGUGUGACAGGCUUUUAAUAUGCUCAGGUGACGACAGGCAUCAUCACACAGGUGGCACAGUGGUGACGCGAUGGGCAUAAUGGCCUUUGUUGUGAGGUUACUGGCUCUUGGCUUUGGGAUUUUAUUACGGAACACAGACAGACCCUUGAUAAAUUUAGUUUUAUACAUUUUUGUCAUCAUGAUAUGAAGUUGAGGUGACAACACUAAGUAGAGUUGUCGGACAUUUCCCCUGCCAUUUUGUUUGCUGCCUCCUAGCUUCACUGCACUUAAUAACAAAGAAUUUAAUGUUGCAAAAAUUAUUUUUGAAAACAAUUUGAAACUGUCUCUUAAUUCAAAUUAAAUGUACAGACACUGAUCUCUCUUUUUUGAUAACAUUUAACUUUUGAAUUAUAAUUAAACUUAACAUUUAAUGACACUGACGUGCAGAGUGCCCACAAUACGCUCAGAUUUGUGUGAUAAAAUGUAAUUAAAAGGGUACUCCACUGAUUAGGCAUUGGUCCUCUGGAACAUUGUCUGUCUCAUGAUAACAGUUAAAAAAAAAUAUAGAUCAAAAUUGAUGCAGCAGAACCAGAGAGAUUCGAGAUAUUUUAGUCUUGAGCCCAACCAGUUUAUCAGAUUUCACGCAGUUCUCUCUGGAUCCACAAAAGGCUUUCAACAACUUUUUCCACAAGACCUGUAAAAAGUUUGUUGUGCAAAAUUGGUGGAGUUGUCCUUUUCUUAUGUUGUCUUAUUUUCAUGCAGCAGAAAUUCCUACAGCGGGUUGCAGUAUAUAAAACAGAAGAGUAGUUCUGAUUGAUUCCUCUAUAAGCACCUUAAUGUAUGAAAGUGCUUUUUCAUUUCAUGCCAAGAGCCAUUGAAGAUGUGAACCUCACAACUCUUUAGUUUUAGGGAAGAUUUGUGUCAGAUUUGACAGCAGAAUUCAUGUAACCUGGCUCUGAAAAGCCGAGACGCACAAAGUUUCUCAUCAGAAAGAAAGACACACUGCUGAGUUGUAGGUGGAGCGCUGAAGGUGUAGAUGACAUUUCUUUUUUAUAAGCAAUACAAGCAUUUGAACAAAUCAAAACCAUGGCUGUCCAUCUCAGUGUGACUUGCAGGAAGUGAUUGGUCAGUGGCCUUUGGCAAGCUGAAUGUUGGCUGGUUUGUGUGUCGCUUGUUACAGAAACUGUUCUGUACUUUUUGUUUGUAAUCACAAGAAAUACUACUUCUCUGUGUCAGUUUAACACAGUCACCUGUUGGGAUGCUUGUUCUUGUUUUGCUGUAGUGAAAUCCCAGAAACUGCCUUUAUGAACUUUUACGUAUUGAUAAAUGGAUGAUAGCUGAUAUUCUGAUGAGGCACUCCUCUCUAAUAGCUUAUACUUCUAAUCAAUAGCGUAUGAAUGGAAUAGCAGCUGUAGCUGGGAGUGAGGCAGAUCAGACUUGGGGAGCUCAAAAAUGACGUGGAUCUUUGGACAGAACUACAAUAUCUAUUAUUCUUUUUCAAUAACUUUUUUUUAAAGACGGUAAACAUCUUUGCAAUGUUUUAGUGUGUGCGCGCGCGUCUGUGUUACUUGUGAGAGGUUAACUCCAGAUUGUAUUUCAUAGACUGAUAAACUUUAAACUUUCAAAGGAUUGUGUUGAAUGAAUUCAUGUCUUAAUACAGAAUUGUUUGAAAAAUAAAAUACCUUGAUCUCA